AUGAAGCUGGGCCUUUUUAUGAAGAUGGCACUAAAGGCAAAGAAGGAAGCUCCUGCCCCGCUCAAAACUGAUGCCAAAGCAAAGGUGUUAAAAGCCAAGAAGGCGGUGCUGAAAGGCUUCCAAAGCUACACACACACACACACAAAUACAAAAGUCACCCAUCUUCCAACAACCCAAGUCCUUGAGGCUAAGAAGACAGCCCUAUACCCUCAGAAGAGCACUCCUAGGAUAAGCAAGCUCGACCAUUGUGCCAUCAUCAAGUUUCCCCUGACCACCGAGUCAACCAUAAAAAAGACUGAAGAUAACAUCACGCUUAUGUUCACUGUGGAUGUCAAGGCCGACGAGUACCACAUCAAACAGGCUGUGACAGCUCGUUGA